AGGCGGCCACUCCCACCCAAUGUUGAACUGAGAUCAUGUACGAAAGACGAUCUUCCGCAUCUAAAACGCUUGACAAAUCUACUGCUCCCCAUUCCUUACCCCGACAAGUUCUUCAAGGAAAUAAUCGAUGAUCCCGUCACCGCGUCCAUCACGCUCUUGGCCUUCUGGCACGAUGAUCCAUCCCUCAGCACCACUACAAAGGGACGUCUGGUAGGAGCUAUUCGCUGCAGAUUACUGGCGCCCACCUCGUUGUCCAGUGGACUUCAUAGCAAAGAGCCAGAAGCUCCGAUGCUGUACUUGAGCACUCUUGUGCUGCUCUCCCCUUAUCGACAACAUGGCAUUGCCACUCACCUGCUUCGUACGCUCACACAGCGCGCUGUGCUCGACUACGGAGUGACACGAGUCGGUGCACAUGUGUGGGAGGCGAAUGCUGACGCUCUCGAAUGGUAUCGCAAGCGAGGCUUCCAAGAAACCAGACGUGAUUCAGGGUACUAUCGUCGUCUGAACCCUCAGACCGCAAUCAUUGUCGAACGCAAAGUUGGUGUCACAGACCUU